AUGAGGAAUUCAUUGAGAAAUUCACGCCCAGGAAUCCCAGGAGAACAAAUAACACGUCCAAACUCGCGCAUUGAAGUUGUCCACGUUGACAACCCACCGUCACGCCUAUCUGACGGAGCGCGUACGCUGGAAGGUCUUCAAGCCGAUGUCAUAAUGGAUCGGUCUUCUGGGGAACCCGGCAGGAUUCAAAGUUCCCUCAGCUUGCCUUAUCCUCAACUUGAAGGUCAAGAAGUGCGAAUCGUGGAUGUUCAUCAUCACGACGAUAUAGUGGAACAUUUAGACGUCAUCGACUCGCAAAUUGGGGCUGUAUCUAGUUUAACUAAUGCUGCAAACUCAAUUAUUAUCCCCCCCUCUUCCUUUUACUCAAGAAAACCUGUUAUUGUGUUACCUUCGAUACCCUUCAGCGACAGAGAAGAGUCUGGCCGAUUCGAGGACUCUUUGGAUCGGCAUGUUGAUGACGUUCUCAGGAGGCCGACAAAGCUUCGGCGCACCCUCAUGGGUGUGUGGUCCUUUUUGAAAACACCGAUGGGAAUCAUCACUGGAAUCUACGGUUUUUUAGUCGUGUUUUGGGGGGCGGCUAUUGUUAUAUUCCUCGUCAAGAUCAUAAACUUUCACAACGCAAACACCCAGGGAUUCUGGGUAGAGGUCUCUUCGCAAGUUGAGACUGGUCUUUUCACCGUCACCAGCAUUGGACUGAUUCCCUUUCGAGUUUUGGACACAUAUCGAAUAUGGAAGAUAUGGCGACAUAAACGGAACACCAUACGUCUGAGAGAACAAGCUGGUCUCCCACAGCUGUUUGACGUGGACGAUCUUCCUGAUCCGAUGUAUGACCCCAAUUACGUCCACGUUCUUACAGAGCAAGAACAACGAGAUUUGCAUGAUCAACAAUCAAAAUUUCAGCACUCACAAACUUGGUACCGAGCCCAUGGGACAGAGACGCACCGUGCAUUUCCAAUCAACAUAGCACUGCUCAUCUGUUUUCUGAAUGACGGAAACUCUCUCUUUCAGAUCUUUCUUUGUGGGACUAUGUGGGGUUUGAAUCGCUUUCAACGACCUGCAUGGAGUACCGGGAUUCUGAUUCCAGCCAGUUUUCUUUGUGGAAUUGGGGCUGCAGUGCUCAUUUGGAGGGGAGGGGAAAAGACGAAACGAGUAGAGGAGGUCAGGCGAAGGCUUCGGUCCGCCCUCGCUUCAGAAAAUAUUCCAGACGACCCCAUCUCUGGGCUCGGCGCAACGAUAGAUCGUAAUCAUACCUCUAUACCAAAGAUCAACAUAUCGCAGAAUUGGGAGGUACCUCCCGACGACUCCUCCAUGAUCGAGGAACACAUGACGAUUCGCCGUUGA